AUGAAGGUCUUGGUCUGCGGUGGGGCAGGGUACAUUGGGACCCACUUUGUGCGCUCGCUGCUGCGCCGCACGUCGCACACGGUCAUCAUCGCGGACAGUCUGGAGGCGACACACGGCCGUGCGGACCACGUGGAUACAAAGGAGAACGCCGUGCGUAAGCAGAAGAGCGGCCAGCAGCAGGAAGGCGCAGCGGCAGAAGGACGCUACGCCACCCUCGAGGUGGGUGAUGUCCGAGACACCGCCUUCCUCAACGAUGUCUUCACGCGGCACACCCCCAUCGACGCGGUUGUGCACAUGUGUGCAUCCAUCGUUGUUCCUGAGAGCGUGCGUGAUCCACUGCACUACUACGACAACAACGUCGUGGGCAUCAUCCGACUGCUGCAGGUGAUGCAGGCGCACCACUGUGACAAGAUCAUCUUCUCCAGCACGGCCGCACUCUUCGGCAACCCCGCCUCGGUUGCGGAGGGUGCUGUGGACGCUGUGGACAUGUCGCCGAUCCGCCCUGACGCGAAGAAAAGCCCGGAGAGCCCCUAUGGUGAGACGAAACUCAUCGCAGAAUGGCUGCUCAAAGACUGCGCACCCGCCUACGGUAUCAAGAGUGUUUGCCUGCGCUACUUCAACGCAUGCGGGGCUGAUGAGGAGGGUGACAUCGGCGAGGACCACGAUCCGGAGUCCCACCUCAUUCCACUCAUCCUUCGUGUGCCGUUGGCCGACGAAAUCAACAAGCGCCGCAAGGGGGCGCAGAAGUCACCGGUGGCGGAUUUUGUGUCGAUAUUCGGCACCGACUACCCCACACCUGACGGCACCUGUGUGCGUGACUACGUUCACGUGUACGACCUCGCGUCGGCACACAUUCUGGCGCUGGACUACUUGGUCAAGAUCGGCUCCGAGGAGAAGCCAAAGUUCUUCUCCGCCUUCAACCUCGGCACCUCGCGCGGCUACUCUGUGCGGGAGGUGAUUGAGGCGGCCCGCCGCGUCACGGGGCACCCAAUACCCGCGAAGGAGUGUCCGCGUCGCCCUGGCGACCCGCCGGUGCUUGUGGCCUCCGGUGAAGAGGCGAAGGUGGCGCUGGGCUGGAAACUGAAGUACGACAACAUUGAAAAGAUUAUUGCGUCGGCGUGGAAAUUCCAUCAGGCACACCCGGUUGGAUACUCUUCGUAG